AUGCCUCGACGAGAACCACCACCAGGAUAUUGGGAGGAAGACGAGUUCGAACCGAAUCAAAGAUACCGUCCACGUCGGACUGACCGGUCAUCAUUUGAAGAUGACGUGAGAAGGCGUAGGGAACCAAUCCCUUUAGCGCCGGAGAUGCCACGAGAGUUUGUGCGCGAGACUUUCAUAGUCCCACCCCGAGACCUUGAGCCACCCGUUCAUAUGAGAAGAUCUGCAGAUGAUGUUGGGCCUAUACCGGAUCGGGAAGAGGUCCAUAUGCGCACACGACCACGGUGGGGUCAUCGUUCACUUGGAAUCGACGACGAUCUCGAUGAAAGGGAGAUACGACGCAGACAGUAUCGGCCUCGUGUUGAAGAAGAUUUAAUAUACGAUGAGCGAGAACGUCGUACUCGAAGGUCUCGCCCAGAACGCGACUUUGACGAAAUGUCAUUCCGACGGAGGGGACCGCCUCCAAGCUAUGAUAGCGAAUUAGAUCGACAACCUCGGGAAAGACGUUACUCUGACGUACGAGAUGAAGUGUAUGUUCGCUCUUCUGAAUCACGUCGCAAGCCUCGUCGUCGGGCAGUGGAAUUCGAAAAAGACUUGAUUGGGGAAGAAGUUCCAUGGCGUCCGAAGCGUCAGGAUCAAUCGCCGCCUAUGUCGAAAGAAGAUGAGAAGAUCAUGCAGUGGAAAGAUAGGCCCUCUCCAAGGGACCUCGAGGAGGACGAGGAGAUUCGGGUGCGAGAUAUACGGCGACGCAGCCAACAAAGUCCACACCAAGCACGAUAUGGUCGAGGACCGCCUGGUUCCUGGCCUGAUGAUCUGGAAGAUGAAGAUGAAGUCUCAGAAUAUGAUAUUCCCUCAAGGCGCUCCAGGUCUACCCGGGCAGAUGGCGACUAUGAGUCUGAUUCUCGAACCAAAGGUCGAUUCAAGCCUGAACCGGUACAGACAGAGGAUGAAGUUGAUAUUCGCUCAAGACGCUCCAGGUCUACUCGGGCAGAUGGCGACCAUGAGUCUGAUUCUCGAACCAAAGGUCGAUUCAAGCCUGAACCGCUACAGACAGAGGAUGAAGUUGAUAUUCGCUCAAGACGCUCCAGACAUGGACGUGAUAUUGAGGAUGAUAAAAUUGAUAUCCGCUCUUCAAGACACUCGAGACCUGGUGGAGAUAUAGAUGAAGAUAUCGAUAUCCGCUCAAGACGUUCCCCGCGCUGGGAACAGACAGAUGACGAAGAGGCUGAUAUUCGCUUUUCAAGACGGCUCAGACGAGGAGAUAUCGAGGAUGACGAGAUCGAUAUACGAAGAGAGAAGAAAGCCCCUCUCAGACGGAGUACAGAAAUCGAAGAGGUUAUUAUCCGCGAGAGACGUAAAUCCUCGCCUCGAAAACGGAGCGUGUCGCCGGAGCCUAUACCGGCUCCUUCGAUUCAUGAUGUCAUAAAACACCACCGGAAUAUUGACCAUAGAUUUGAUGAAGGUCGACCGCCGCGUGCACCAAGCCCGGAAAAGACAUCAACGGAUACCAGUUUUGAUGAAGUCCAUAUGCGCCGGUCCCGAAAAGGCGGCCUCCGAUCUGAUGAAGACGUUUCCUUUGAGCGUGGAGAGGAAUCCGUUUCGUCGACUAGUGACUUCCGUAAUCCCUGGAAGCGAGAUGAGCGCCGUUCACGCCCUAAGUCCCGGUCCAUAAGCCAGGAAGAACCCCUGGAGGCUGAGCGCCCUCAUAGCUGCAGACGAGGUCCCCCUCGCGAGACUGAUGAAGACGUGAUGACGUUAAGCGAAAAGAUGAAAGCUUCAACCUUAGCCGACGAUCCUCCACGAAAGAGUAUCGACGAAUGGUCUAUUGUUCAUUCCCCCAAGGAACAGGCGAUUGAGAUGACUGGAGCCCUUGACAUAAUCGAGGUGGCUCCCAAAGAUGCUUCCACCGAUUCUGGUUCCGAGUCUGAAGAAGAGGUUGAGAUUGAGGUUGAAUCAAAGAGAGCAGAACGAAAAAUUCCCAAGGAGCGACGCGAUGAACGGUGGACCGAGAUCACCAAGGAUCUUGUGGUUCGUGGCGCUAUCGAAGAACUUGGAUAUGAGUUCGAGGAGACGAGGACAUUCUAUUACAUCUUCUCAUAUCUUGAGCCGGCUGAUAUUGAUGAGCUGGUCGAGCUAUCAGACCAAAUACGUCAGACUCGGCGGCGACGAAUCAAGGAGAUGCACCGUGAACGGGCAUCGGUUCCUAGUCGUUCAGCUUCCUUGAUAGAUCGAAUGCCACCUCGACCUCGACCGGGAAUCGCAAGGCAUGUCAGAGAGCGGGAGUGGAUUAUCAAUGGUCACCAUUAG